AUGGGUGCUACGGUCUGUCACCAUGGCCGUACUGCGGCAUCAUCUGCGGGGAGUCUUCGCCGUGUCCGGCCGAUUCCUUCAAUCCGACCGAGCAAUUGGCAUCGCUCCGCCAGCUCGAGUACGACGCCGGCUGUCGGGGAGCCCGUCAUCUUUUCUGGUAUUCAACCGACCGGGAUUCCACAUCUGGGCAAUUAUCUGGGUGCUCUCCACGAAUGGGUGAAGCUGCAGGAUAAUGCGAAGCCGGGAACCAAGCUGUUCUUCUCCAUCGUGGACCUUCACGCAUUGACUAUACCGCAAGAUGCAGCUCAGUUAAGACAAUGGAGAAGGGAGGCAUUUGCUACGCUACUGGCCGUGGGCCUCGAUCCUAAAAAGUCUACCAUCUUUUAUCAGUCUGCAGUGCCGGCACAUGCGGAGCUGAUGUGGAUUCUCAGCACGGUGGCCUCGAUGGGAUAUCUUUCACGAAUGACCCAGUGGAAGAGCAAGCUUCAGCUGCCCGAGGAUGCAACUCUCGAAGAUUCGGAGGCGCGGGCUCAACUACGGCUCGGUCUCUUCUCCUAUCCCGUCCUCCAGGCUGCGGAUAUCCUUGUGCACAGAGCUACCCAUGUCCCGGUUGGCGAAGAUCAACGGCAGCAUCUUGAAUUCUCUCGAUAUACUGCCAAUAGCUUCAACCACCUCUACGGGCCGAUUUUCCCCGUUCCGGAGGCCUUGAUCUCUCCUGCGAAGCGGGUGAUGUCUUUGAAGGAACCGACUUCCAAGAUGUCCAAGUCCCAUGCCGAUGAACGGUCCAGGAUCAUUCUUACCGAUCCGCCCAGUGUGAUUCAUAAAAAGGUAAAGGUCGCCCUUACAGACUCGGAACCGACUAUCACCUACGAUCCGUUGCGCCGUCCAGGGGUGUCCAACUUGAUAGAGAUCCUGAGUCAUUUCGAGGGGGUGUCCUGCGAGAGCAUUGCCUCUGAAUAUCGCACUGCGAGCCUCCGAGCGUUGAAGGAACACGUUGCCAGUCGGAUCGCCGAUCACCUGCAGGGAAUUCGGGAGCGGUACAUUUCGAUCAUGGAGGACAAGAGCGGCUACCUGGACUCGGUUGCCCAGCAGGGAGCUGAGGCUGCGCAGGCCAAUGCUAGUGUGACUAUGCAACAAGUUCGAGAAGCGAUGGGCAUGUAA